AUGAACGAAUACGAGGACGCAUCUUCGGACGCAUCAUGCAGUGGGGAGGUGAGAAGCCUCUCCUCCGCCGAGGACGCGGAGCUCACGUGGAUUCCCGGUGAGGACGAGCAUGUUGAUAAGGAAUCAAACGGUGGUGAGUUUGAUGAAGAUGAGGCACCGCCUUACAUGGCGUCGGACUUCAGCAGUGCUCUUGCCAACGACCUAGCCAAUCAGCAGCAACAGAAACUACGGGAACAAGACGCUUUGAAGGAGGGAUCGCCAGUGGCGCAAGCGAGUGGAGCAAGCAUUCCAAGGAUCUGUUGCAUCUGCGGGGACGCUGCGUUGUACACGUGCCCGGGUUGUGGAGCGAGAACCUGCAGCAUCACCUGCGUGCGGAUGCACAAGACUGAGUCCAAGUGCACAGGAGAACGUGACAUGGCCAAGAAGGUGCCGCUGAGCGAAUUCACUGAUAGGCAUCUGCAGCGCGACUUCUACUUUCUGGAGGACGUCCGGCGCGUGGUCAGCAACUGCGAGCGCACGUUUCCCAAGAUGUGGCGCUACACGUUCCGCGCGCUACCCCCGCCGCUGUACGCUCUGCGCGAGGCGGCGAAGAAACGCGGCGUCGUGUGCCAAAUCACAUCGGAAGGGAUGACGAAGCGGGACGCCAACACGUCUCGCUACGACAGAAAGACGGAGACUAUCACGUGGCGCUGCCAGUUCAAUUUUCACGACCCUGACUUCUGUGUCGCAACAGACUGGGGCAGCGAGCGGCACCGUCUUGGUGACAUUGUGGCGUACUGCUGGGCCACUAAGCCCUCGUUGCCGUGCUUUCACAUAAACCGGCAGUACAAUCGCGCCUCAAAGUGGAUUGGAACUAGCGAGAAGGACGAGUCGGCAGUAACACCAGCAGGAAAGGGGUACGAGGCGGAGAAAGAGGAUGAAGAGGCGAUGGUGGUGGCAGAAGAAGACCAGCUCCAUCCAUCGCAACCACUAGAACAACAGCAGCAGCAGCAGCAGCACCUCGAUGAAGAGUCACGGCCAGAUGAGUGCGAGAUGGAGGUCACCGCUGAGGACGAUGCCGCACCUGCGGCACUCUUUGUUGACUCCAAUCAGCAUCAACAAGAGAUGUGGAGGCCGUCCAAGUUGGUCAUCGCCCCACUCUCGCCAGUGGAGAAAGACAAUGAGAAAGCUGUCUCGUCGUUUUUGGCAGCAGGCCCUGUCAUCAUUCUAGCACAGGCUGAGAGACUGGGGCUGCAGCAGAAGUACUUCCUCAUGUCGCCCUCCGCCACACUGAACGAGGCGCUCCGCACCCUCUUCUUCAUCAAUGAGUUCCCAGUCUUCGAGAUCAUCCACGCCGCCGACCUUGACGCCUACCCACUCGUCACGGAGGCAGACAAAGAAAGCAUCCGCGAGAGUUUUCGUAUGGCGCCGCGGCCGCCGAAACCAGAGCGCAAGCCGCGCCGCACGAAAGCUGACCUUACUCCAGAUGAGGUGGAGCGGUGUGCGCGGGUGCCGUGCCGCAUGUUUCUCGCCGGAUGCUGCCGCCUCAGCGAGGAGGAUUGCCCCUACUGGCACUGUGAGUACAAGGAUGUGCCGGCGUGUCGCAGUUUUUCCAAAUUUGCGGCGUGUGAAAAGGGCGAUCGCUGCAGCUUCCGACACGAUGCUGCUGCUGUCUCUGCGGCGCGGAAGCGGGCGCGGGAAGAGCGUCAGCAACCGUACACCAACAGGAAUAGGCGUCGGCACACGUAG